AUGCGUGAGUUCGAAUGGCAGCAGGACAGUAGUAGCGAUGAAAGUGCCGGUUUGAACCAGUUCGACUUGUGUUUCCAGUACGAAUGCCAGCUGAUAAAGCGGGGAGAACGCAAACUUGCGCUCCAACAGCACUUUCAAAGCCACCAAGGAGCAAAUCUUCAACGUGUGGAUGAGGUUCACACGCCCACAGUCGAACGCUUGCUCGUGCAUAGCUCGUCCAACGUAUUUCUGGGCUCCAAAUUUCCAAACUGGCAGCAAUAG